UAUAAUAAAGUAAUUGUUAUAUUUUCUCUUCAUUUAUGAUAAUUUACAAUGGGUAAAAAGUAGUAGGCUUUGUUUUAUCUGUAAUAUUUGACAUUUUCUCCAAAUUUAUUCAGUGCUCUUUUCAUAACUUCAAAAUGCAACACCCAUUUAGUCAAUUGCAUAAUGAAACUGAAUUCAGCGAAGAUUCUUAUAGUGAUGAAGAUUAUAGAACAUACGAACUAAAUUAUCCCUGUUGCAAAUGUGUAGGAAGAGAAGACCAGUAUAACGAUCCUUACAGCAAAACUUUGGAAAAAGAAAGACCAAUCAAUUGUCCCUGUUGUACAUGCUUUGGAAGAAAGGCAGAAAAACCAAAAGUCAAAGGCAAAUUUGGACUGGCAUAUGCUGUGCAGACUCCAAAAGACAAUUCUUUCAAACCACAAGGUUGGCAAAUCGAAUUCCAGGAUACACCAUCACAAAUAGACCGUAAUUGUGAAAAGAUGUUAAAAUGGGCUACAUGUCCUCCGCUCGGCGAGUGUAAUACUAACAUGGAAGCAAAUUUCUUAUGGUGUCCAGGUGAAUUUAAAGAAGUUUUGAAUACUAACAAAACAAAAAAAUAUAACUAUGAACAACAAUCUAUAGAAAAUUACUGCCUUAUCGAAAUACCAAAAGUGAUGCACUUUGCUAUAGAACCAAAAGAGGCAACAUGCGUCUGUCAGUCAAAUUGUGCAAAAAAAGAGAAAAGAAACAAACCCCCAGAGCAACAAUGUGUGUGUGCCACAAAAAAUAGAACUUGCUGUGAAUGUAGAAGUUCCAAAAAUGAUGACACUUAUUUGCAGAAACAGUUGGACAGGUUCAUGCUUUGUAGGAAUUGUUACAAUGGAUUGACAAAAUGCACAUGUCAAGAUGAACCAUCAGAUAAUGUAUGUAAUUAUGGGCAGAAACAGCUAAAAUACAAAUACUAUCGCCCUAAAAAUACGAACCGUGAAAGUGAACGAGAUACUUUGAAUAUUUGUAAACAUUGUCAGAAAUCUAAAAAUUACUAUUCCACUAUUGAAGACCGUAUUUGUCCAGUUUGCGGUAAAGUUUUGAAAAAAAAUUGUCAUAUUAAAGAAAACUGUACCUGUGAAUUGUGUGAUGAAUCAUUGGACUAUAUACCUAAACGAGAGCUAUGUUCGAAGAAAAUAUGCAAGCAAACCAGAGACUGUUCUUCACAGAUCAAGGCAAAGGAUGUUAGUAAGUCAGAAAGUCAAGCUAAGCGGGAGAGUGGCCCAAAAACAGUUGAAAAUAAAGUACUUCCUGCUGAUAACAAAAUUGAAAAAAUACCUACUGAAAAUAAGGUGCCUGAACAACAGAGCCCAAAACUAGAUAGUGAGCUUGAGAUAAAAAAUGAAAUCAAGGACGAAUCAAAACCAGAAAGCGAACAAGAAGUGUCAGUGCAGGAUUUGAUAGUUUUUGAUGACGAACCUAAACCAGAAUCAAAAAAACCAAAAAAAUUUUCGACUAAAGCUAACGACGACGAACCUUCAUUAUUAGAAAGAAUUAAGCAGGCUCAUCAUAAACAGAUGCAUGAGAUUCAUCCUGAGAUUCCUCUGUAAUUUGAAAUGUUUUCUAUUGAUAUAUGUAUAUGUACAUUUGUUUUUUAAUAAAUGUGUAUUCUACUCGUGCAUUGUAUCCUGAAUGUCUCAAAAAAAAUCUUCCAGAUUUUAUUCUAUUUGUAUGGUUCUCAGGCUAUUGCUGCUGGUUGAUCUUGGUUAUGAGAAUAUCUCCAAAAAAUUCCCUAUUACUCCUGUUUAUGGUGAUGGGAAUUUUCUUAGGAGUGUUGCCAUCUAGUAUUCUCAUUUCUAAGUUUAAUUGAUUGCCAAACUAUAAAUGUGUAAGUAAAACUACAAGUAUAUUCCCAAGCACAGCUACAUUUUCUGUCAUUUUGUUGUUUUUUCUUUAGGAAUUUAUCGACUUAGAAACAUCGAAGUGGCUAAUUAUCUCCUUAAAUACUGCACAUAUUAUUUUUAAAGCAUACAAUGAUUAAUAUAAUGGAACUAUCAUUUUUUUUAUUCACUGGAAAUUCUCGUCUGUUAAACUACUACUUGUACCCUU